UGCUCGCUCACACUAGCUAGUCGAUCUCGAGCUCGAUCGCUAGCUUCUCCUCAGUACUCCAGUUGCUGCGGCACAGAUAGCUCAGCGGUAGCAGUGGCCGGUCUCGAGAACCCCGACGACUCUUAUUAACCGCUAGCACUUGCAUGAUGGCAAGUCACCAGCAGCAUCGGCCCACCGCCAUGUCCAGGGCGGAGCUGUUCCGGACGGUUCGGCAGGCGACGCUGAACCACGCGCGGCAACUGUACCACCGCCUCGUCAUCCGCCUGCCGCACCUCCUCGCCGUCACGCUCCUCGUCGCCGCGGCCCAGCUCGCGCCGCCGUCGCUCGCGGGGGCGCCGCGCGCCAUCCUGGACGCCGCGCGCGCCAACGCGCCCCUCGCCGCCGCCGCGUGCGCGGGUCUCGCCGCCGCGGCGUGCGCGUACGCCGCGUCGCGGCCCCGGCCCGUGUACCUCGUGGACCUCGCGGGCUACAAGCCCGGGGGCGUCCACGCGGCCACCCGCGCCCGGUCCAUCCGCCACUUCGCGCGGGCGGGGCGGUUCACCGACGAGAGCAUCGCGUUCCAGGCACGGAUGCUGGAGCGCGCCGGGGUCGGGGAGGCCACGCACUUCCCGGCGUCGCUGCUCACCGUCCCCGUCGACAUGUGCCUCCGCACCGCCAGGGAGGAGUCCGAGGCCGUCGUCUUCGGCGUCGUCGACGACCUGCUGGCCAGGACCGGCGUGCGCGCCGAGGACAUCGGCGUCGUCAUCGUCAACUCCAGCUGCUUCAGCCCCACGCCGUCGUUCACGUCGCUCGUCGUCAACCGCUACGGCCUGCGACACGACGUCGUCACCCACAACCUCAGCGGCAUGGGCUGCAGCGCCGGCAUCAUCGCCAUUGACCUCGCCAAGCACCUGCUCCAGGUGCACCCGGACACGUACGCGCUGGUGGUGAGCACGGAGAACAUCACCCUGAACGCGUACCUGGGCAACCACCGUCCGAUGCUGGUGACCAACACGCUGUUCCGGAUGGGCGGCGCGGCGGUGCUCCUCUCCAACCGCGCCGCCGACCGCCGCCGCGCCAAGUACCAGCUGGUCCACACGGUGCGCACGCACCGUGGUGCCAGCGACCGGAGCUACGGGUGCGUGACGCAGGAGGAGGACCCGGAGGGCAACGUCGGCGUGUCCCUCUCCAAGGAGCUCAUGUCCGUGGCCGGCGAGGCGCUGCGCACCAACAUCACGACGCUGGGCCCGCUGGUGCUCCCGCUGUCGGAGCAGCUCCGGUUCCUGUCCGCCGUGCUACUCCGCCGCGUGCUCCUCCGCUCCGACGCCAAGCCCUACGUGCCGGACUUCAAGCUGGCGCUGGAGCACUUCUGCAUCCACGCGGGCGGGCGGGGCGUGCUGGACGAGCUGGAGCGAAGCCUCGGCCUCAGCGGCUGGCACAUGGAGCCGUCGCGGAUGACGCUCUACCGCUUCGGCAACACGUCGAGCAGCUCGCUGUGGUACGAGCUCGCAUACUGCGAGGCCAAGGGGAGGAUCAGGAAGGGGGACCGCGUCUGGCAGAUCGCGUUCGGGUCGGGGUUCAAGUGCAACAGCGCUGUGUGGAAGGCGCUCAGGACGGUCGACGACGCCGGGGAGACCAACCCGUGGGCCGACGAGGUCGAUCGCCUGCCGGUGCACGUGCCCAAGGUGGCGCCCAUCCAAUUCGACGACCAGGCGCCCAAGCCCAAGGAGGACGACGGACACGCUGCGUAGCCGCCUAUACGCCUAUCUGCUUCUGCAUUGUGCCCCAAGCGGAGAACCGGACCGUGUGCGCGCGAGCGUGCACUUGUGUGGUCGGGCUCGGCUUAUUGGGAGCCCUAUACAGGCAUUUUCUUAUAGUACUAUUACUAGUGUGUAAAAAUCUUUAUGGAUCAUGAACUGGGGAGCAUUGUUGUGUGUUAUGUUGGGUGGAGAUCAUGGAAGGCUUGAUCAACAUAGAGGCAUGUCUAGGGGUGAUAAAAGUGCCCUCUAAUUUAGUCUAGCAAAUUUAAGGGUGGGGCUCAAUAAGGAUCGGACUAUAAGAUUAUAUGAUUUUGAAUUAGGCUAAGUUGGAUUGUAAAGAAGGCACGAGGGUUACGAUCCAUUACCACCCAGCCAUACAAAUUCGUACAAGACAAUGCAAUAGUAGUGGGCUGGUUCGUUGUACUGGGCUGCUAUUAUGGGCCUCUUACAAGUUACAAUUGAGAGCCUACGAGCAACCUGAUAUAGAAAUUUUUAA